GUAAGAAAUCGCAAUCAAAUCUUAUAUAAAAUAGAAGAAUUGGAAAAUACUUUAGAGUUCUAAAGCACUGCGGUAUCGAAUAGCAAGUUAUUGUACAUGUUUAAUAUGAUGAAGGGACUAAAGUUCUUCUUACUUGGAUUACUGCAUAUAGCAGUUGCUGUGCCGAUACUUACAGAUUUGGAAAUGGUAGAUGACACGACCUCUGUUGGAACCUAUGUUCGGGAAGUCAGAGCAGCACCACCCGAUAACUACGAGAGGUCCUAUGAAAGUGAGGGUGACGGUGUGAUUGGAUACUCCCGUAAGAAGAACGGUGGUGGCAAGAAGGGAUAUCAACAUUUCGAUUCCUACCAUAAAAAGGCAGGAGAUGAUUACGAGCUUGAGACUCAAGACUCGUUUGGACUCGAUGAUGAAGGUCAAGCAGGGGCACACAGCCAUAAGAACGAAAGGAAAGCUGAACGGUAUCAAGAACCUGAGGCUGAAGAAAUUGAGGAAGAAAAAUCGAAAAGACAACCAAAGCCCGAAAGAGGACACGCAGAAUUAAGGGAAGGUGUAAGUGACGGCAACGGAGGAAUUGAAGCCUACGGUCAUGAUCCCGCAGAUUACGUUCUUCCUGAAAAAUACACUUAUGGUUCCGGAGAAGAAUAUAACUUCUAAUAGAUACUACAAUUUUAUUAAUCCGUAAAAGACUGUACAUAUAUAAAUAUAAGAUUUAUUAUAAUAUGAAAAGAAAACAUUUAGAAUCAUCAUCAUUCAUCAUUGUAGGAGCGCUUAUUAGUAACGCACUUCAAUUAUUAAAUUGUUUAAGAAUUCAAAAGCAAUAAUUUCUUUGGAAGCAUAAUCUUUGUAGCAGCAAUGUCCAAGCAGCUUAAGGGCUAUCAAAGUCAUUCCAAUAACGAUUUCUCUAAAUUAACAAGAAUCUUCCGUAAAACAAAAAAGGGUUCGAGCAGUAAAUCAAUCUUGAUUAUUUAAAGAUAAAUCUGCCUUAAUAAUUAGAUUAGAUCUUAGGGAGUUUUAUGUAUAAAAUCAGCACCUAUCCAAUAGCCACCCAACAUUACCAUGUCUGCGUCAAUUUUUGCUAUAAACU